AUGUUCAACAAGAAGACUGCAACGACAUCAAAACCUGACAUGAUCACCAAAUGUCCAUUUUCUAACCCCAACAGCCUCUUCCAGGACUUGGCCACAGUACGCCAAACAGAUGGAAUAGAGUACAACGAGAAACUCAAAGGCUAUUUGGUAACCCGAUUCGAUGAUAUCGUUGAUGUUCUCAAUCGACCUGAUGAAUUCAGCUCUCGACCUACAGUGCCCGACUUCCCCCCACCGGUAAAGCCAUUGUUCAAGGACAAGGUUCCCGAGAAGGGCACUUUGCUAGCGUGGGACAAUCCGGACCAUGACAGACUGAGGAAGAGUGUCGCUUCAUUUUUCGUGCCUCGCCGCUUGAAACGUUUCGAACCUAUGCUUCACGAUGCCGCCAACGAACUCAUCGACAGUUUCAUUGACAAGGGCACUGCUGACAUGAAGAGUGCGUUCGCGUUGCCCCUUCCUUUACGCAGUAUCGUCACGAUCGCUGGUCUAGAUCCGGAGCGAUGGCAAUGGAUCGGUCAAUGUCUUACUCUGUUUGGAGGUAUCGCUAGACGAGAUGACGAGGAAGAGGUCAGUAUACAGCAAAAGAUUCAAGACGUACUGGAUCUACACGAGUACAUACGCCAAGUCAUUGAGGAGCGACGACUAGACCGUCGCGAUGAUCUCAUCAGUCAUAUCUGGAAUGAGCGUGAUGCCGGAACUGUCAUCAUGACAGACUUUGAGCAUCUGAGCAUGAUUCCAGGUCUACUUCUCGCUGGCCACGAAACUACCACCAAUGUGCUGACCAUGGGUCUCGCACAUAUUCUACAUAAUGGAUUAUGGGAACAAAUCUCUCAGAGUGACGAGACACGCAAAGCUGCUAUUGAGGAACUUCUUCGAUUUGAAUCAGCAAUUACAGGCAUGCCACGGCAAGUGACCUCCGACGGCGUGCAACUAUGCGGGAUGAAGCUCAACGCUGGAGAUCGUCUUUUUGUCGCCUAUAAUUCCGGUAGUCGAGAUGAAUCCAAGUUUGAGAACCCGAACAAACUCGAUAUAUCACGCCAGUCCAAGACGCAGCACCUUGGCUUUGGUCGUGGUGUUCACGCUUGUUUGGGCGCACCUUUCGCCCGCCUUCUUUUACGCACAGAACUAGCUGUCUUGUAUACGAGACUACCGAACCUACGACUUGUAACGCCGUAUGAAGAGCUUGCGUAUGGAGAGGUCCAUGAAGCGCGGAGUAUCGGAGCGACAUUUUAUGCAUGGGACAUACCAUCACCAGGGACGGCACGGAAGGUUCAUGUCCAAUCCAAUGGGAAUGCUACGAGUCGAUCGGCCGCAGUACAAAACAUUCCCAUGGUGGUCCAGUCACUUGGAAGUGUCGCCCAGAACAUCAUGCAAAUCUCACUACAGCCAAAGGAUACAGCGAAACAAAUCGAGUGGACUCCAGGUGCUCACAUCGACAUCAACGUCGGCACUUUCGGGUAUCGCCAAUACUCAGUCUGUUCCGAUCCCACAGAUACGCAGCAAUUGAAGAUUGCCGUGCUUCGGGAGGAUCAAGGCACUGGUGGAUCGCGAUACCUACAUGAGAACCUUAAAGUCGGUGACAAGAUUUCUAUCCGCGGUCCAAGAAACAACUUCAAGUUCACACCAGGAACACGGCGUACAUUUCUGAUAGCGGGAGGUAUCGGAAUAACACCGAUGAUUCCCAUGGCUGAAGAAGCAGCCGCCUCCGGUAUUGACUACAAGAUCAUUUACCUAGGUCGGUCAAGAGCUGGCAUGGCUUAUAUCGACAAGAUCACGCAGCGACAUGGAGAGCGGGCUAUGAUCUGGGUAACGGAUGAGCAUGACGGGGCUCGGCUGGAGCUUGCCAAGCUUCUCCAGGCUGAAGAUCCUAAUGGCCUUCGCGUUUACUGCUGUGGUCCAGAAAGCUUACUCACAGCUGUCGGGGAGAGCAUGAGCCAUGCACCACUAGGAACAGUCCAUGUCGAACGAUUUGCCAAUCCUGUCAGUCCACUCAGCAGCUCGAACACCGCAUUUGAUGUGCUGAUGGCCAAGAGCGGGCGUGUCUUGCACGUUCCCGAGGACAAGACAGUACUAGAAGUCAUCAACGAAGCCGGUGGUAACGUGCUGUCUACUUGUAACAAAGGCUUGUGUGGCACCUGUGAGGUGGGAGUGUUGGAAGGGACACCAGAGCAUCGAGAUGUGGUAUUGACGGCAGCGGAGAGAGCGGAGAAUUCUUCCAUGAUGACUUGUGUUUCACGCUGUCGUGGUAAAAGCUUGGUUUUAGACUUGUGGUAG